AUGUCCGUACAUCCUGCCGUAACAUGGGCCCAGCGCUCCAGCGAAUCAGAGCCCGCCAAAAACAUUGUCUACUUGACCAUUGAGGUCCAGGACCCCGUCGAUGUCAAGUUGGACUUGACUGCUACCAAAUUGACCUUCAGCGCACAAUCUGCCGACAAGGCCACGCAAUACGCCUUGGACUUGGAGUUUUUCGAUGAGAUCGACCCGGAGCAGUCGCGCACGCACGAGGCCGGCAACAAGAUCUCGCUUGUGUUGAGAAAGAAGAAGGCCCAGGCCGAGUUCUGGCCGCGUCUCUUAAAGGAGAAGGUCAAGUUGCACUACAUCAAGACCGACUUCGACAAAUGGGUCGACGAGGACGAGCAGGAGGAGGUUGCUGACGAGAACGACGACAUGGCCAACAUGAUGGGUGGAAUGGGCGGUAUGCCUGGUAUGGGUGGAAUGGGUGGAAUGCCCGGUAUGGGCGGUAUGGGCGGUAUGCCUGGUAUGGGCGGUAUGGGCGGUAUGCCUGGCAUGGGCGGCGCCGGCGGCCCAGAUCUUUCACAAUUGUUGGGCGGCGCUGGAGGCGACUUUGACUUCAGUAAGCUUGCCAGUCAAUUGGGCAAGGGAGGUGAGAUGCCUGACUUUGGCGACGAGGAAGGUGAAGAGGGCGAAGAGGGAGACGAGGGCGACGUUGAGGCCGAGAUCUCCACCAAAAACUAA